AAUCAGCUGCUCCUAAUUGUUAACAAUUAUCGGUUUAAAUAAUAAUGCUGCGGUUUUUGAUGAAAAACCAUUUGAUUUUAAUGAAUAAUUCCUGUUGUUUCUGUGAUUUUCAAUGGGUUCCAAUCAAAAACGAUCACCUUCAAUUAUGCCUUCACCAAGAGAAGCUCAAGAAUUGAUGUCACUGUUGAAUGGAGAAGAAUCGCCAUCAAUCAGCAAUAAAUCUUUGAAUGAAAUUCCUUUGUUCGAAUUUACCGAGGCAGAUUAUAUCGCAAUACAAUGUGAAUUAAAUUCAUCAUUUGACCAAUUACUUCGUGAUCGUUGGAUAGCAGCAUUAAAAGCUGGUUCAAUGAAUUAUUCAACUGAACCUGAAAGUUUGCCAACCAAACUAAUAUCUCCCAACAAAUAUCGUUUUGUAGCCAAACUUUUAGAGGGUCGAGGUCCUGGUAAACGUCGAACACCCGAAACUAUGCUCAAUUUAAUUGUGCCUUUUCAACCGGAUAAAUUUAAUUUUACAAAAGUAAACCCCAAAGAAAUUCUGUUUCGAAUUAAAUGCUAUAAUGAAGAAAUGAAAACUUAUCUAGAAGCGACAGUAUUGGUAAACAAAAGUCCAAUCGAAUAUUGUUCUUCACUUUUAGUGCCAUAUUUGGAACGAUGCUUACCACAGGUGAUGACGGAACAAGCUCUCACGUUAGCGGUUUCAAUUAUGGCAUUAUCUGAUUUUUCGAAUUUACGUUUAGGAUACAAUUCACCCGGAUCAAUGGCUUCUGUAAAUCAUUUACAUUGGCAUGUCUAUUAUUUUGAUCAUCGUUUACAAAUUGAAAUAUUGCCAGUUGUCGAUUAUGUGCUUCAAGAAUGGCCCAUACCUGCAAUCGUCUUUGAAAUCGUCGAACUUAAUGAUGAAUCAAUUGGUGUUAUUAUAAAAGAUGUGAUACGUAUCGUUGACUUUUGCCUGGAGGAUGGCCAAAUAUGCCAUAACAUUUUCAUGACACGAACUCCGAAUGGUAUAAUACGAAUAUUCAUUUGGUUACUACAACCACGAUGGGGAAAAAAAGAUAAUGCAAACCUAAAUGUUGCUUUCUGUGAAUUAUCUGGUUACUUCAUGUGCAAGACCAAAGAAUCAUUUGAAACAAUAGACGAAGCACAAUGUUUACUUUCUCUAGGAUCGGUUGUAUCACUCCACGAGAAAGCUUUACCAUUAUUGCAAUAAAAUAAAUGCAAUAUUAAAUUUUUUUAAUUUUGAAAUAUUAAUAAAAAUAAGUUUGACAUUUUUUGUGCAA